AGUCGAGGAGUAACCUGGAGGGUCCCCCCAUCAGAGGGCUGCCAUGUGCAAAAGGCGCGGCCCCUCAACCCUCAACAUUCCAUCACCUCCAAGCAAAAAGUGUCGAAAAUUCGGCGAUCCUCGCUCGCAAAUUCCACGAAAAAUCCCCCGAAGGCUACAUCCACGAGCACUACAGUCCCAAAAGUGUCCGAAAAGUGCUGAAACGUCUCAAUCGAUCACUUUGUGCUAUCGAUCAAGAUAAGAGCAAGCUUCAAAUAGUACCGAAUCCGGGCCCUGAAUCAGUACCCACACCGCCUCCGAGGACAAAACUCAAGUACUCGCCACCUCCUGAGCCGAAAAUCGCUGAACAAUCGGAAAAAAUCGAAUGGUGUGGCAAGAAUAACCCAGUGCAGUGUGUGCGUGUCAAUAUGUUUCGCGGCGGGAUGAAAUUGAAAGAACGAUUUAUACUCGGUGUUAGUGUGGCGGCGGUUUUGUUCACGUUUCUCCUAGUGGUGGACAUACAGAUGGAUUUGGGGAUGUCGGGGCACCAUCUGGUGCCCUCCCACGGGAGGGUCAAGUACGUGCAGGAGGGCGCCGCAGGCUCGGCCUACAACAGCUUCAGGAAGAGGUUCCUCCAAAAAACACACAGUGCUAGUAGUGCAAACGCUUCAAAGGAGGUAGAAGCAGCUCCUCACACCCUGAAAGACUUGCCUGAAAAAAAGCCGGUUCUUGGCAAAGAACCGAAAGAAAAGCAUGACGAUUUCAGCGAUCUUAUGGAUUACAUGAUGUUGGACAGCGCUGAAAGGGAGAAACAUCGAGUCGAAAUUGAUAGAGUGCAUCCAGUAAUACAGAAGAGUAUGGAAGGGGAUUUGGUUAAAGUCGGUAACCCGACCAUUGCCCAAUUGAGAAAAGUUGCUAUAAGGGAGAAUGCAACCGCCUUGGAGAAGUUCCAUCUGCAAAUUUCACAACAUGAAUUGUAUUCGGCUGACAGCGAGCUUGUGGAUGAGCUUAUACACGAAAUGGCGACGGAGACUAUUCUGCAUGUCUCCCAAAAAAGCGGCGGCACUCAACUCAAGCUGGUGAUAGAUUACCCUAACCAUCUUCAGGCGUUGUUUAAGCCGAUGAGAUUCCCGAGGGAACAGCAGACCCUUCCCAAUCACUUUUACUUCACGGACUACGAGCGCCACAAUGCGGAGAUUGCCGCCUUCCACUUGGACAGGCUUUUGGGCUUCCGAAGGGCCAUGCCGGUGACAGGGCGAUUGCUCAAUAUGACCACAGAAUUGUACCAAAAGGCCGAAGGGGAUUUACUCAAGACGUUUUUCGUGUCGCCGUCCGAUAACCUGUGCUUUCAUGGCAAGUGCACCUAUUAUUGUGAUACUUCACACGCCAUCUGCGGAAAUCCCGACAGUUUGGAAGGAAGCUUCGCCGCCUUCCUGCCCUCCAACGAGAUCGCCGCCAGGAAGGUAUGGAGACAUCCUUGGCGGAGAUCUUACCAUAAACGAAGGAAAGCUCAAUGGGAGACUGAAGACAAUUAUUGUUCGUUAGUUAGAGAGAUCCCACCGUACGACCGAGGGAGGCGGCUUUACGACCUAAUGGAUAUGGCCGUAUUGGACUUUCUAAUGGGUAAUAUGGAUAGACACCAUUAUGAGACAUUUAGAUUGUUCGGAAAUGACACGUUUCCGUUACACUUGGACCACGGAAGGGGCUUUGGGAGGCCCUUUCACGACGAGCUGUCCAUUCUAGCGCCGAUCUUGCAGUGCUGCAUGCUCAGGCAGUCCACACUGCAAACCCUCAUGAAGUUCCACAACGGGCCGAAGCUCAGCGAAGCCAUGCGAGAGAGUUUAGCUAAAGACCCGGUGGCACCAGUGCUAUGGGAGCCCCAUUUGGAGGCACUUGACCGCCGCGUCGAGAUCAUCCUUCGGGGAAUCAGAGACUGUCUCCAGAAAGGGGAGGAUUUGGGCUCGGAAACGGGGGAUGAAGACACGUAGUAACGACUUGUACAAUAAUAAUGUAUAAAUCUUUGUAAAGCUGUGACAGAGCGAGUCUUUUUAUCGAGAUUACAUGUAAAUAUUUUAUUCGUUACCAAAUAUGUUUUAGUCACUUUUUAAACCAAAUAUAGUUACGUUUUUAUUUUUAUUAAUCGUUUGUACAUAAUUGUUGUAAAUUAAUUUGUAUAAAUAUUUUGAUAAGGGUGUCGAAUAUUGUACGAUUUUUUCUUGAGCUGGAAAAUAUACCAAAGUUGACUGUAUUUGCAAUGUGAUGAAUAAAGUUACGUAAGACCUUAA